GAAGCGGGGUUUGGGAGUGCAGAAGGACGGGCGGGGACCGCGCGCAUGUGGGUGUCCCCCAGUCCAGGUGGCUUGUGACUGGGCUAUGGUGCUGGGAGCAUCCCCGUGCCGCAGCGGAGCGCUGCGGAAUCCGUGGCGGCGUGGCCGCCGGCCCCAGGCACCUGUUGCUGGAGGUGGGAGGCGGGGGCGCGCCGAGGCUCCGAGCGCUCUGGCCGCUGCAGGCGGCAGCCCCCGGCUCCGGCUGUCCACGUUCGCUCUGCCCUGGGCUGCGGCUGGUUGCGGCGGCGAAGUUCCUGUCCUGCGCUCUUCCCAAAGCUGCCCCAUUUCAAAAAAAGGGAUGUCACCUGCAUCUUUAUUAGUUCAUCUUCUUUUAGCUUUACUCAUCCCUUUUGCAUUUGGAGAAACAGAAAUAAGAUUCGGUGGACUAACAGAAUUUGUAGUUAAUGAAACAAGUACAACAGUGAUUCGUCUUGUCAUUGAAAGGAUAGGAGAGCCAGCAAAUAUCACUGCACUUGUAUCGCUGGAUGGAGAUGACACUGGGGACUUUUGGGCUACAUACGCUGCAGCUUUUAUUCCCGUCGAAGAAACAAAUAGGACAGUGUUCAUAGCAGUGUGUGACGAUGAAUUACCAGAGCCGGAUGAAACUUUUAUUUUUCAGUUAACAUUGCAGAAACCUUCUACAAAUGUGAAACUUGGAUGGCCGAGGACUGUUACUGUGACAAUAUUAUCAAAUGAUAAUGCAUUUGGAAUUAUUUCAUUUAAUAUGCUUUCCUCAGUAACAGUGAAUGAGCCCAGGGGCAGAAAUGAAUCUGUUCUUCUUGCUCUCAUCAGAGAGAAGGGAACCUAUGGAAUGGUUACUGUGACUUUUGAGGUGGGGGGUGGCCCAAAUCCACCUGAAGAAGAUUUGAAUCCAAUUGUAGGAAAUGUUACCUUUCCCCCUGGCAAAGCAUCGAUAAUUUAUAAAUUGACAGUGCUUGAUGACGAGAUCCCAGAAAAUGAUGAACUGUUUUUGAUUCAAUUGAAAAGUGUAGAAGGAGGAGCUGAGAUUAAUACAAGUCGGAACUCAGUUGAGAUUAUCAUUAAGAAAAACGAUAGCCCUGUGAGAUUCAGUCAGAGUAUUUAUCUGGUGCCUGAGGAAGACCUUGUUCUCAACAUCCCAGUGUUCCGUGGGAAAGAUGACCAUGGAGAUAUUAUUGGAUCUGAGGAAUGCGAAGUUUCCAUCAGCUAUAUUAUUCUAACUGGGAACUCAACGGUGCACGCUCAGCAGAAUUUAGACUUCAUUGAUCUUCAGCCAAAUACAACUAUCGUUUUUCCACCUUUUGUUUAUGAAUCACAUCUGAAAUUUCAAAUAGUUGAUGAUGCUAUUCCAGAGAUUGCUGAGCCAUUUCAAGUUGUGUUACUAAAAGAGACCUUACAGGGAGAUGCUGUUCUAUCAGGUCCUUCUGUGGUACAAGUCAUCAUUAAACCAAAUGACAAACCUUAUGGAGUUCUCUCCUUCAACAGCAUCUUGUUUGAGAAGAAAGUUAUAAUCGAUGAAGAUGCAACAACAAGAUUUGAAGAGAUUACAGUGGUUAGAAAUGGUGGUACCCAUGGGAAUGUUUCUGUGAACUGGGUAUUGACACGGAAUAGCAGUGACUCUUCGCCAGUUACAGAAGAUAUCCAACCAAGUUCUGGGCUUCUUCAGUUUGCACAAGGGCAGAUGUUGGCAUCCAUUCCUCUUACAGUUGUCAGUGAUGAUAUUCCCGAAGAGGCAGAAGCUUAUCUACUUCAGAUUCUGCCUCAUACAAUACGAGGAGGUGCAGAAGUGAGCGAUCCUGCAGAGCUUUUGUUUUACAUUCAGGAUAGUGAUGAUGUUUAUGGCCUAUUAAGUUUUUUUCCAAUGGAAAAUCAGAAGAUUGAAAGCAGUCCUGGUGAACGGCAUUUGUCCUUGAGCAUUACAAGACUGGGAGGAACUAAAGGAGAUGUGAAGAUGUCUUAUUCUGCACUUUAUAUUCCUGCUGGACCUGUGAAUCCCUUGCGAAUGAAAGAAGGCAUCUUAAAUAUAUCCAGGAAAAAUAGCCUCAUUUUUCCAGAACAAAAAACUCUGGUCACUAUAAAACUACCAAUAAGAAACGAUGCAUUUCUUCAGAAUGGUGCCUGCUUCCUAAUUCAGUUGGAAACUGUGGAGUUGGUGAACAUAGUUCCUUCCAUUCCUCCGAUAAGUCCUCGGUUUGGGAACAUACGAAAUAUUUCUUUAGUGGUUACUCCGGAGAUUGCAAAUGGUGAAAUUGGAUUUGUUAGCAAUCUUUCCAUUGUUGUGCAGGAACCAGAAGAUUCUGCUACGGAUGUGAUAUGCAUUCCCUUACAUCGGGAUGGAACUGAUGGCCAGGCAACUGUCUAUUGGAGUUUAAAGGCUUCUGGUUUUAAUUCAAAAGCUGUGACCUUGGAUGAUAUAGGUCCCUUUAACGGCUCUGUUGUAUUUUUGUCUGGGCAAAGUGACACAACAAUCAACAUUACUGUCAAAGCUGAUGAUAUACCAGAAAUGAAUGAGAUGCUCACACUUUCUCUAGACAGGGUCAAUGUGGAAAAUCAAAUACUGAAGUCUGGAUUCACUAGCCGUGACCUAAUUAUCUUGGAAAAUGAUGAUCCUGGGGGAAUUUUUGAAUUUUCUCCUACUUCCAGGGGUCCCUAUGUCAUUAAAGAAGGAGAAUCGGUGGAGCUCCAAAUCAUCCGCUCGAGAGGUGCACUAGUAAAGCAGUUCCUACAUUACCAAGUAGAACCACGGCCUAGCAAUGAAUUCUAUGGAAACACAGGGAUACUGGAAUUUAAACCUGGGGAAAGGAAGCUCAUAAUAACCUUGCUGACAAGAUUGGAUGGCAUACCAGAGUUGGAUGAACAGUAUUGGGUGGUUCUCAGCAGCCACGGUGAACGGGAAAGCAAGUUGGGAAGUGCUACCGUUGUCAACAUAACGAUUCUGAAAAAUGAUCAUCCGCAUGGGAUUAUAGAAUUUGUUUCUGAUGAUUUGAUUGCUACUAUAAAUGAAAGUAAAGGAGAUGAUACUUACAGUGCUGUUUAUGGCCUAAUCAGAAACUGCGGCAACUUUGGUCUUGUUAGUGUAUCCUGGGUGGUUAGACCAGAAUUUACACAAGACGUGUUUCCCAUACAAGGGAUUAUUUUCUUUGGAGACCAGGAAUUUUCAAAAAAUCUCACUAUUUACUCCCUUCCAGAUGAGAUCCCAGAGGAAAUGGAGGAAUUUACCAUUACUCUACUUAAUGUCACUGGAGGUGCUAAAAUAGGAAAUAAAACUACUGCGACACUGAGGAUUAGAAGAAAUGAUGACCCUAUUUAUUUUGCAGACCCUCGUGUAGUGAGGGUUCAGGAAGGCGAGACUGCCAGCUUCACAGUUCUCAGAAACGGAUCUGCCGAUGUCGCCUGCACUGUCCAAUAUGGCACCGUGGAUGGGACCGCAAAUGCAAGAGAGGGAGACUUUGUUCCUGUUCAAAAAGGAGAGAUACUUGUUUUUGCUGUUGAAAGUAGAGAACAGAACAUAACGGUAUUUGUUAAUGAUGAUGACAUUCCAGAGACAGAUGAGUUGUUUUAUAUCACCCUCUUUAAUUCAACAGGUGACACAGUAGUGUAUCAGAAUGGAAUAGCUACGGUGAUGAUUGAAGCUAAUGAUAAUCCAAAUGGUAUUUUUUCCUUGGAGCCUAUAGACAAAGCAGUAGAAGAAGGAAAGAGUAAUGCAUUUUGGAUUCUGAGGCACCGAGGACACUUUGGCAAUGUUUCUGUGGCUUGGCAGCUCUUUCACAACGAUUCCGCUCUGUAUCCUGGACAAGAGUUCUAUGAAACUUCAGGAACUGUUAGCUUUAUCGGUGGAGAAGGCACCAAAGCAGUGACUCUUCAUGCUUUUCCAGAUGAGAUUCCUGAAUUCAAUGAAUUUUAUAUCCUAAGGCUUGUAAAUAUUUCAGGGGGUUCUUCUAGCCCUGGAGGCCAACUGGCAGGAACUAAUCUUCAAGUGACAGUUAUGAUUCCACUCAAUGAUGAUCCUUUUGGAGUUUUUAUCUUGGAUCCAGAAUGCCUAGAACGAGAAGUGGCAGAAGAUGUCCUCUCAGACGAUGAUAUGUCUUAUAUUACCAACUUUACCAUUUUGAGACAGCAGGGUUUCUCUGGUGAUGUACGAGUAGGCUGGGAAAUACUCUCCAGUGAGUUCUCUGCUGGUAUGCCUCCAAUGAUAGAUUUUUUGCUGGUUGGAGUUUUCCCUAGUUCUGUACAUCUACAACCACACAUGCGACGUCAUCACAGUGGAACAAAUGCUUUCUAUUUCAGUGGACUAGAGGGCGCAUUUGGAAUUGUUAAUCCAAAAUACUAUCCCUCGAGAAACAAUUCAGUUGCCAACUUUACGUUUUCAGCUUGGGUGAUGCCCAAUGCCAAUACCAAUGGAUUUGUUAUAGCAAAGGAUGAUGGUAAUGGUAGUAUCUACUAUGGAGUAAAAUUACAGACAAACGAAUCUCAUCUGACACUUUCCCUUCAUUACAAAACUUUGGGUUCAGAUGUUACGUAUAUUGCCAAGACAACAGUCAUGAAAUAUGUAGAAGAAAAUGUUUGGCUUCACCUUCUAAUUAUCCUGGAUGAGGGCAUAAUUGAAUUCUACCUUGAUGGAAAUGUAAUGCCCAGAGGAAUCAAGAGUCUAAAGGGAGAAGCAAUUGCUGAUGGUCCUGGAAUUCUCAGAAUUGGGGCAGGAAUAAAUGGAAACAACAGAUUUACAGGUCUGAUGCAGGAUGUGAGAUCCUAUGAGAGGAAACUGACCCAUGAAGAAAUUUCUGAACUCCAUACCAUGCCAGCAAAGAAUGAUUUACACCCUAUUUCUGGGUAUCUGGAAUUUAGACAGGGAGAAACAAACAAGUCAUUCAUCGUUUCUGCAAGAGAUGAUAAUGAAGAAGAAGAGGAAGAAUUAUUCUUUCUUAAACUAGUCUCUGUAUAUGGAGGAGCUCGCAUUUCUGAAGAAAACACCUCAGCAAAGCUAAGAAUACAAAAAAGUGAUAAUGCCAAUGGCUUAUUUGGUUUCACAGGGGCUUGUAUACCAGAGAUUGCUGAGGAAGGGUCCACCAUUUCGUGUGUGGUGGAGCGAACCAGAGGAGCUCUGGACUCUGUGCAUGUAUUUUACACCAUCUCACAGAUCCAAUCUGACAGCAUUAAUUACCUUGUUGAUGAUUUUGCUAAUGCCACUGGAACUAUCACGUUCCUCCCUUGGCAGAGAUCAGAGGUCCUGAACGUAUAUAUUCUUGAUGAUGAUAUCCCUGAGCUAAGCGAGUAUUUCCGAGUCACAUUGGUUUCUGCAAUUCCUGGAGAUGGGAAAGUUGGCUCAACUCCUACUAGUGGUGCAAGCAUAGAUCCUGAAAAGGAAACAGCAGAUAUCACCGUCAAAGCUAGUGAUCACCCAUAUGGCUUGCUGCAGUUUUCCACAGGACUCCCUCCCCAGCCUGAGGAUGCAAUGACUCUACCUGCCAGAAGUGUUCCACACAUCACGGUGCAGGAGGAAGAAGGAGAAGUGAGGCUACUAGUUGUCCGUGCACAAGGUCUCCUGGGGAGGGUUAUGGUAGAAUUUAGGACAGUGUCAUUGACAGCAUUCAGUCCUGAGGACUACCAGAAUGUUGCUGGAAGCUUAGAAUUUCAACCAGGAGAAAGAUACAAAUACAUUUCUGUUAACAUCACUGACAAUGCUAUUCCUGAACUGGAAAAAAAUUUUAAAGUUGAAUUGCUAAACUCGGAGAGAGGAGUGACUGAACUCUUUAGGGCUGAAGGCAGUGGUAGUGGUGAUGGCGACAUGGAAUUCUUCCUCCCAGCUAUUCACAGACAUGCCAGUCUAGGAGUGGCUUCUCAAAUUCUAGUGACAAUACUGGCCUCUGACCAUGCGCAUGGUGUGUUUGAAUUUAGCCCUGAGUCUCUCUUUGUCAGUGGAACUGAACCAGAAGAUGGGUGCAGCACUGUUGAAUUGAAUAUUGUGAGAACUCAUGGAGACCUGUCUCAAGUGACUUUGCUUUGGAGUAUAGACUCUGAUCCUGGUGGCGAUCUUGCCUUUACCUCUGGCAAUGUUACCUUUGAGAUUGGACAGAAAUAUGCUAACAUCACUGUGGAAAUAUUGCCGGAUGAAGAUCCAGAAUUGGAUAAAGCUUUCUCUGUAUCAAUCCUUGGCGUCUCCAGUGGUUCAUUGGGAAUUCAUACUAAUGCCACAAUAAUAAUCUUAGCUAGUGACGAUCCUUAUGGGGUCUUCAUAUUUUCUGAAGAAAACAGACCCAUUCAAGUCGAGGAAACAACCCAGAACAUUACACUGUCAUUAAGAAGGUUAAAAGGCUUAAUGGGAAAAGUUAAAGUUGCAUAUACAACCCUGGAUGAUAUGGAAAAACCACCGUAUUUUCCACCUAAUUUAGCCAGAGCAACUCAAGGAAGAGAUUAUAGGUCAGCUUCAGGAUUUGCUUUUUUUGAAGCUAAUCAGAGUGAGGCAACAGUAACUCUCUCAAUAUUGGAUGAUGAUGAACCAGAAAAGUCAGAGUCUGUGUUUAUUCAGCUAUUCAACUCUACCUUGAUAGAGAAACUACAGGAUCGCCCAAUUUCAAAUUCCCCACGUCUUGGGCCGAAGGUAGACACUAUUGCUCAUCUGAUUAUUACUUCCAACGAUGGUGCUUUUGGGAUUCUUCAGCUCUCAGCUCCAGUUGUUCGAGUGGCAGAAAAUCAUGUUGGACCCAUUAUCAAUGUGACUAGAACAGGAGGAGCAUUUGCAGAUGUUUCUGUGAAGUUUAAAGCGGGUCCAAUUACUGCAGUCGCCGGUGAAGACUAUAGUAUAGCUUCUUCAGAUGUGGUCUUGCUGGAGGGGGAAAGCAAUAAAGCUGUACCAGUUUAUAUCAUUAAUGACAUCUACCCUGAGCUGGAAGAAUCUUUUCUAGUGCAACUACUAAAUGAAACAACAGGAGGCGCCCAAUUAGGUGCUUUAACAGAAGCAGUCAUUGUUAUUGAGGCCUCUGAUGAUCCCUAUGGAUUAUUUGGUUUUCAGAUUACAAAAGUUAUUGUAGAGGAACCUGAGUUUAACUCAGUGGAGGUAAAACUGCCAAUAAUUCGAAAUUCUGGGACACUCGGCAUUGUUGCUGUUCAGUGGGUCGCCACCAUUAAUGGACAGCUUGCUACUGGCGACCUGCGAGUUGUCUCAGGUAAUGUGACAUUUGCCCCUGGGGAAACCAUUCAAAGCUUGUUGUUAGAGGUCCUGGCUGACGACGUUCCGGAGAUUGAAGAGGUUAUCCAAGUGCAACUAACUGAUGCCUCUGGUGGAGGCACUAUUGGGUUAGAUCAUGUGGCAAAUAUUAUUAUCGCUGCCAAUGAUAAUCCGCAUGGUACAGUAGCCUUUAUGCAGUCGGUUUAUCGAGUUCAAGAGCCUCUGGAGAGAAGUUCCUGUGCCAACAUCACUGUCAGGCGAAGCGGAGGGCACUUUGGUCGACUGCUACUGCUCUACAGUACUUCCUGUAUUGACACAGUGACUCUUGCAGUCGAGGAAGGUCAAGAUUUACUGUCCUACUAUGAGCCACCGGUUCAAGGAGCACCUGACCUGCUUCGGAGAACGUGGGUGAAUAUUUCUGCUGUGAGGGAACCCCAGUCUUUUUGUGCCACUUUGUGCCUCAAGGAACAUGCAUGCUCAGCGUUCUCAUUUCUCAGUGCUUCUGAGGGACCCCAGUGCUUUUGGAUAACAUCCUGGAUCAGUCCAACUUUUAACAACACAGACUUCUGGACCUACAAGAAAAACUUCACCAGGGUGGCUUCUCUUUUUAGUGGCCAGGCUGUGGCUGGCAGUGACUAUGAACCUGUUACAAGGCAUUGGGCCAUGAUGCUGGAAGAUGAUGAAUUUGCAAAUCUCACGGUUUCUGUUCUCCCCGAUGACUUUCCAGAGAUGGAUGAGAGUUUCCUAAUUUCUCUUCUUGAAGUUCACCUCAUGAACACCACAGCCAGUUUUAGCAACCAGCCAACCAUCGGAGAGCCAAAUACUUCUACAGUUGUCAUAGCAUUAAAUGGCGAUGCCUUUGGAGUGUUUGUGAUCUACAGUAUUAAUCCCAAUACCUCAGAAGAUGGUUUAUAUGUCGAAGUUCAGGAGCAGCCCCAGAACCUAGUGGAGCUGAUGAUUCACAGGACGGGGGGAAGCUUAGGUCAGGUGACAGUGGAAUGGCGUGUUGUUGGUGGAACGGCCACUGAAGGUUUAGAUUUUAUAGGGGCUGGAGACACUCUGACUUUUGCUGAAGGUGAAACCAAAAAGACGGUGAUUUUAACUAUUUUGGAUGAUUCUGAGCCAGAGGAUGAUGAAAGCAUCAUAAUUCGUUUGGUAUACACAGAAGGUGGAAGCAGAAUUUUACCAAGCUCUGAUACUGUUAGCGUAAACAUUUUGGCCAAUGACAAUGUGGCAGGAGUUGUUAGCUUUCAGACUGCUUCCAGAUCUGUCAUAGGUCAUGAAGGAGAAAUUUUGCAAUUCCAUUUGAUAAGAACACCACCCGGUCGAGGAAAUGUUACUGUAAGCUGGAAAAUUACUGGGCAAAGUCUUGACGUCAAUUUUGCUAACUUUACUGGACAAGUCUUCUUUCCUGAGGGUUCAUUGAAUAAAACAAUAUUUGUGCAUUUGUUGGAUGACAACAUUCCUGAAGAGAAAGAAGUAUACCAUGUCAUUCUGGAUGAUGUCAGGACACAAGGAGUUACACCAGCAGGAAUUGCUCUGCUUGAUGCUCAGGGAUAUUUAGCUGUCCUGACUGUAGAGGCCAGUGAUGAACCACAUGGACUUUUAAACUUUGCUGUUUCCUCAAGACAUGUAUUACUCCAAGAGGCUAAUGUAACAAUCCAGCUUUUUAUCAACAGAGAAUUUGGAUCCAUAGGAGCUGUCAAUGUCACAUAUACCACAGUACCUGGAGUGCUGAGUCUGAAGAACCAAACUGAAGGAAACGUAGCUGAGCCAGAUGUUGACUUUGUCUCAGUAGUUGGCUCUGUAAUAUUAGAAGAAGGGGAAACAACAGUACCCAUCAACAUUACUAUACUCGAGGAUGACGUACCAGAACUAGAAGAAUAUUUUCUUGUAAAUUUAACUUCUGUUGAACUGAUCAUGGCUUCUUUAACUUCAUUUCCUCCUAGACUAGAUUCAGAGGGCCUGACUGCACAGAUUGUUAUAGAUGCUAAUGAUGGUGCUCGAGGCAUAAUUGAAUGGCAGUAUAGCAGAUUUCAAGUAAAUGAAACCCAAGGAAGUUUAACCUUGAUAGCCCAGAGAAGCAGAGGGACUCUUGGCCAAGUUUCUUUAUUUGUGUAUGCACAAAAUCUGGAAGCCCAGCUGGGGCUAGAUUACAUUUUCAGCUCAGAGAUUCUUCAUUUUGCUGAUGGAGAAAGGUAUAAAACUGCUGACAUAAUGAUUCUUGAUGAUGACAUUCCAGAAGGAGAUGAAAAAUUUCAGUUGAUUUUAACCAAUCCUUCUCCUGGACUAGAACUGGGGAGAAAUGUAGCAGCCUUCAUUACCAUCCUUGCCAAUGAUGAUGGCCCUGGAGUCCUAUCAUUUAACAACAGUGAGCACUUUUUCUUAAGAGAACCAAUGGCUCUCUACAUACAAGAGAGUGUUGCGGUGUUGUAUAUUGUUCGGGAACCCGCCCAAGGACUGUUUGGAACUGUGGCUGUUCAGUUCAUUGUAAUGGAAGUGAAUUCUUCAACAGAGUCUAAAGACCUUUCUCCAUCCAAAGGCUAUAUUGUUUUAGAAGAAGGUGUUCGAUUCAAGACCCUUCACAUAUCUGCCAUAUUGGACACAGAGCCAGAAAUGGAUGAGCACUUUGUUUGCAUCCUGUUUAAUCCAAGUGGAGGCGCUAGACUAGGGGCACAUGUUCAAACCCUGAUAACGGUUUUGCAAAACCAAGCCCCUCUGGGACUAUUCAGCAUCUCUGCGAUUGCAAAUAGAGCCACGUCUAUAGACAUCGAUGAGGCCAAUACAACUGUAUAUUUGAACGUGUCACGUACUAAUGGCGUUGAUUUAGCAGUGAGUGUGGCGUGGGAGACAAUAUCAGAGACAGCUUUUGGCAUGAGGGGAAUGGAUCUUGUACUUUCCACAUUUCAAAGUUUUUUAGAUAUAUCAGCUUCUGGCUGGUGUUUCUUUACUUUGGAAGAUUCAAUGUAUGGUGUAAUGUUAAGAAAAUUGUCUUCUACGGUUUAUAGAUGGCAAGGAACUUUUAUUCCAUGUGCGGUUUUAAAUAUAGACAAUCCAGAAACUUGUGAAGUCUUUAAAAUCGGAUUUUCCCCUUACUUGGUGAUCACUCACAAAGAAAGAUAUGAAGAAAAGCCUUCUCUUAACAGUGUAUAUAUAUUCACGUCGGAAUUUAAACUACAUUGGAUACAGACAAUUAUUAUUUCAGAAAGUUCUCAAGUAAAAUUUUUUGCUUCAGAUGGUCAAGAUUAUUUAAUUGUUGCAAGUCAAAGAGAUGAUUCUGAUUUAACUCAGGUCUUCAGGUGGAAUGGAGUCAGCUUCAUUUCUUAUCAGUCACUCCCGGUCCGUGGUGUGAGGAGCCUGGCCUUGUUCUCUCGAGGAGGCUCUCUUUUCUUAGUUAUUUCCCAGGUCAAUGUGAAGUCAAAUUCCCUGUUGCUCAGAUGGUCUGGCAGUGAGUUUAUAAGCUUUCAAGAAGGACCUGCCAGUGGGACAGCACAAGUUGAGGCCUUAACUUCAGGAGAUGAUAUUUACUUGGUUUUUGCCAAAACUGUUUCUCUAGGGGAUCAGAAUUCAGUGGAUAUUUUCCUUUGGGAGAGAGAAGAGUCUUUUUUCAGAUAUUUUCAAUCCUUGGAUUUUGCUGCUGUUAAUAGUAUUCACUCCUUUACACCAGCUUCAGGGAUAGUUCACAUACUCCUUAUUGGCCAAGCUGUGUCUGCUCUUUAUUGCUGGAAUUCAGAGCUGAAUCAGUUCUCUUUUAUUCUGGAAGCGCCUUCUGCUCACGAUGCAUCUUUUGUCACAGUAGAGUACCUUAACUCAAGCAAGCAUUUAAUUGCUCUGGCUGGAGCCUCCCAGUCUCACAUAUAUGAGCUGGCUUACAUCUCAAGUCAGUCUGACUUUGUUCCUAGUUCAGGUGAACUGACAUUUGAGCCCGGCGAUAGAGAAGCUGUAAUAGCAGUAAACAUCCUUGAUGACACAGUUCCAGAAGAAGAAGAAACCUUCAGAAUUCAGCUAAAAAAUCCCACAGGAGGAGCAGAGAUUGGUAUUAAUGGUUAUGUAAAAGUAACUAUUCUUUCUAAUGAUGAUGCCUAUGGAGUUGUUGGAUUUGCCCAGAAUUCAUUAUAUAAGCAAGUGGAAGAAAUGGAGCAAGAUAGCCUUAUAACUCUGAAUGUUGAACGCUUGAAAGGGACAUACGGCCGUAUAACUGUAGCAUGGGAAGCUGAUGGAAGUCUUAGUGAUAUAUUUCCUACCUCAGGAAUGAUUUCAUUUUCUGAAGGGCAGGCAUUGUCUACAAUCACUCUGACUAUUCUUUCUGAUGACAUACCGGAGCUAGAAGAGACUGUGACCAUAACACUCAUCCAUGUUACCACAGAGGGAGUCGACCCAUCAAAAGGUGCUUCUAUUGAUCAGAAGAGAAACAAGUCUGUGAUAACUGUCUUGCCCAGUGACUCACCCUAUGGCUUGGUAGGCUGGUAUGCUGAGUCUGUCUUCCUUAGAGCUGCAGAACCUAAAGAGAAUGUCACCACCCUUCAGUUACAAAUUGUGCGAGAUAAAGGACUCUUUGGAGACAUUGCCAUUCACUUGAUAGCUAAACCCAAUGUCUUGCUGCAUGCCAAUAAUCAAGCAACUGAAGAUGAAGAUUAUGUACUUCAAGAAACAACAAUAAUAAUGCAAGAAAAUAUAAAAGAAACUUAUGCCAAAGUUUCCAUUUUGCCGGAUAAUGUUCCUGAAUUGGAUGAAAUAUUUAUUAUCAAUAUCACUGAGGUGUACCUGGUGAAUUCUGACUUCUCUGCAGGACAACCAAGUGUGCAGAGGCCUGGAAUGGAAAUAGUUGAGAUAACGAUUGAAGAAAAUGAUGAUCCCAGAGGAAUUUUUGAGUUUCACAUUACCAGAGAUGCUGGUGGAGUUAUAACUGCAUAUGAAUUGCCUCUACUGCUGAGUCUUCUUCAGGUUCCUGUAGUGAGACUGGCUGGAAACUUUGGUGCUGUACAUGUGUAUUGGAAGGCAACUCCAAACAGUGCUGACCUGGAAGAUUUUAAGCCGUCUCAUGGGAUUCUUGAAUUUGCAGGUGGACAGGUUACUGCAAUGAUAGAAAUCACCAUAACUGAUGAUGCUGAAUUUGAACUCAUGGAAACAUUCAAUAUUUCCUUAAUCAAAGUGACUGGAGGUGGCAGACUUGGCGACGAUAUUGUAGUAACUGUUGUUAUCCCACAAAAUGAUUCUCCAUUUGGAGUAUUUGGAUUUGAAGAGAAGACUGUAAUGGUUGAUGAAUCCCUUUUGUCUGAUGACCCUGGUUCAUAUGUGACAUUGACAGUUGUCCGAUCCCCAGGUGGAAAAGGAGCUGUUCGACUUCAGUGGACAGUAGAUGAAAAGGCCAAAGAUGAUCUCAGUCCUUUGAGUGGGAUGGUUCAUUUUGAUGAGACUGAGUCGCAGAAGACUAUUGUAUUGCACACACUUCAAGACACUGUGGUGGAGAAAGACAGAAACUUCACCAUUCAUUUAGUAUCAGUGGAUGAUACAGAGAUAUCGCCUUUGAAAGGUAGUGCAUCAAUCGUCCUCAGAGGUGACAAGGGAGUGCCAGGAGAUGUCGGGAUAGCUCCAUCAUCUAGACACAUCUUCAUUGGGGAACCUUCUGCAAAAUACAAUGGUACUGCUCUCAUCAGCCUUGUUCGUGGUCCAGCGAUUUGGGGAGAGGUGACAGUGUAUUGGAGAAUAUUCCCUCCUUCUGUGGGUCAGUUUGCUGAAACUUCAGGAAAACUAACAAUGCGAAAUGGACAAUCUGCGGCUAUUGUAGUAAUACAGGCUUUGAAUGAUGACGUUCCUGAAGAGAAAUGCACCUAUGAGUUUCAGCUUACUGGAGUCAGUGAGGAGGGCAAAUUAAGUGAAUCCAGCAGCACUGCCAAUAUCACGAUGGUGGCCAGCGAUUUUCCCUACGGCCAGUUUGCUUUUUCACAAGAGCAACUUCGAGUGUCAGAAGAGGCACAAAGGGUUAAUGUCACCGUCCUUCGAUCUGGUGGCUCCUUUGGCCGUGUGAGACUCUGUUAUGAGACUCUGAGUGGCACAGCAGAAGCCGGCUUGGAUUUUAUCCCUGCUUCAGGGGAGCUCCUCUUUGCAGCAGCGGAGCUGAUGAAAAGUGUGCAUGUUGACCUACUCGAUGAUCACCUUCCUGAAGGCCCUGAGGAAUUUUCUGUGUUGAUUACAAAGGUGAAACUCCUUGGAAGAGGGUAUGAUUUCACCAUCCAAGAAAACGGACUUCAAAUUGAUCAGCCUCCCGAAAUAGGAAACAUCUCUAGUAUACAAGUCAUAAUAUUGAAAAAUGACAAUGCAGAAGGUGUCAUUGAAUUUGACCCAAAGUAUACUGCCUUAGAAGUGGAGGAAGAUGUUGGCAUGAUCAGGAUUCCAGUUACUAGGCUAUAUGGAACUUAUGGCCAUGUAACUGUGGACUUCAUCUCACAGAACUCCUCCGCAGUUCCUGGUGGUGGUGAUUAUAUACUGCACGGCCAUUCAGUCACCUUUCAGCAUGGGCAGAACUUAAGUUUUAUCAAUGUCUCCAUCAUUGAUGAUGAUGAAAGUGAAUUUGCAGAGCCCAUUGAAAUUCUGCUGGUAGGAGCCACCGGUGGAGCGGUCCUUGGGCACCACCUAGUGAGCAGAAUCACAAUUGCCAGGAGUGACUCUCCCUUUGGUGUUGUGAGAUUUCUCAAUCAAAGCAGAAUUUCACUACCUAAUCCCAAUUCCACAAUGAUUGUAUCCUUGGUGCUGGAGCGAACCGGAGAACUCCUAGGAGAAACUCAGGUAAAUUGGGAGAUAGUAGGACCCAAUUCUCAAGAAGUCUUACCGCCCCAGAAUGGAGACAUUGCAGACCCAGUAGAAGGGUCCUUCUAUUUUGGAGAAGGAGAAGGUGGAAUGAAAACCAUAAGUCUGACAAUCUAUCCUCAUGAAGAAAUUGAAGUUGAAGAGGUUUUCGUCAUUAAACUUAAAGUUGUGAAAGGAGAAACUAAAGUAGACUCCAGAGCUAAAGAUGUUACAUUAACUAUACACAAAUUUGGUCAUCCCAAUGGAGUGGUUCAGUUUGCUCCUGAGUCUUUAUCUGAGAAAACUUACUUGGAACCAUCUGAACUGGAAGGGCCCCUCAUCAUUACUUUCCAUGUCAGAAGAGUCAAGGGCAUUUUGGGGGAGAUAACGGUUUACUGGGAGUUAAGUAGUGCAUUUGAAAUUACUGGAGAUUUUCUUUCUACAAAGGGAUUUUUCACCAUUGCUGAUGGAGAGAGCGAGGCGAGUUUUUAUGUUCAUUUGCUACCAGAUAAUAUACCUGAGAUAGAGGAAGACUUUGUGGUCCAGUUUGUCUCUGUAGAGGGAGGAGCAGAACUGGAUCCAGAAAAAUGCGCCGCCCGGUUCUCUGUUUCUGCAAAUGAUGACCCACAUGGGGUGUUUGCUCUGUAUUCUGAUCGUCAGUCUAUACUCAUUGGGCAGAACUUCAGUAGAUUCAUCCAAAUUAAUGUAACCCGGCUUGCUGGAACAUUUGGAGACGUAGCUGUUGGAUUUCUAAUAUCAUCUGACCAACAGGAGCAGUCAACUCUAACUGAAAAUACAGAGAAGCAGCUGGUAGUUAAAGAUGGUGCUAGAUAUAAAGUAGACAGAGUGCCAAUCAAGACCCAGACCUUUCUACCAUUGGGCUCUAACUUUACCUUGGAAUUAGUGGCUGUGAUGCUUGUUGGUGGACAUUCUUAUGACAUGCCAAAGAUUCUCCAAGAUGCAAAAUCUACUGUCCUUCCAGUUCCUGAGAAAGCUGCAAACUCGCAGGUUGGGUUUGAAUCUACUGCUUUUCCACUCAUGGACAUCACUGCCGGAACAAGCCAAGUUAUGGUCUCUAGGAGAGGCACGUAUGGCUCCCUUAUGGUGGCCUGGGCCACUGGACAUGCUGUUGGAUUAGAAAUCUCUGAACCCUUUGCAAUUGGCAACAUGACCCCCAAACUGGGUAGCCUUUCUUUUUCCCACGGAGAACAAAGGAAAGGAUUCUUGCUGUGGAUAUUGGCCAGUCCAGGCCGGCCAGAGGCCUUUCCUGUUCACCUGUCAGGGAUACAGAGCAGUGUCCCUGGUGGGGCUCAACUUCGACCAGGUUUCACCAUAGCAGAAAUUGAACCAAUGGGAGUCUUUCAGUUUUCACCUGUUUCAAGAAACAUCACCGUGUCAGAGGAUACACAGGUGAUCAGAUUACAUGUGCAAAGACUGUUUGGCUUCCAUGGUGACCUGGUCAAAGUUUUCUACCAGACGACUGCAGGAAGUGCGAAGCCACUGGAGGAUUUUGAGCCUGUUUCAAAUAAGGAACUGCUUUUUCAAAAAUUCCAAUCUGAGGUUGAUUUGGAAAUAAUCAUUGUGAAUGAUCAACUUCCUGAGCUGGAAGAAAUUUUUUACAUUAAUCUAACUUCAGUAGAAACUAAAGAGACACACAAGUUUGAUGCUGGUUGGAGACCACGCCUGAAUCCAGAUUUUAGUGUAGCCACGAUCACAAUACUGGACAAUGAUGACAUGGCAGCCACAGAUGCCAGUCUCCCCAAAACAACUGUGACUAUAGCAGUUGACACAACUCUGACUCCUACAGAAGCUGACUCUUCCACUACCGACCAGGACUCAACCAAAAUAACUACCAUUCCACAGCCAAGUGAAAUGAUUUCCAUCAUUACAGAAACAGCUGGCACUACUGCCAUGCCUGAGACACUUGGCACACUUCCUCAUACAUCUGCUAUGUCCGAAAAACCUGAGGUGGCCACUGCAGUAACCAGUGCUUCCAUUUAUGGGACUUUUAGUCUUGGACCUCCCAUUGUUUAUGUUGGAGAGGAUAUGAAGAAUGGGAUAUUGAAUACUGCCGAAAUUCUUAUCCGAAGAGCGGGUGGGUGCACUGGCAAUGUCAGUGUGACCGUUAAAACUUUUGGUGAAUUAUCUUCUGUGAAGGAACCGAAUGCAUUGCCCUCUCCGGACAUAUAUGGGCUAUUUAACCUGACAUGGGCAACUGAAGAAGAAGACUUUGAAGAACAAAGUCUUACCAUCCCAUUUGGAGAUGGAGAAAGAGAACGUCAAGUAUUGUUUCAUAUUUUGGAUGACGAUGUGCCUGAGGGCCAGGAAUUCUUCUAUUUGCUUCUCACAGACCCUCAUGGGGGAGCGCAGAUUGUACAGGGGAAGGACGAUGCUGGAUUUGCAGCUUUUGCCAUGAUCAUUAUCACAGGUAGUGAUCUUCACAAUGGCAUCAUAGGAUUCAGUGAGGAGUCCCAACGUGGACUAGGAAUAGGGGAUGAAGCUGGAACAAACAGAUUGCAUCUUACUGUCACAAGACAGCCAGAUAGGGCUUUUGAAGAUGUCAACAUCUUUUGGAGAGUUACAUUUAACAAAACAGCCACUGUCCUCCAGAAGAAUGGUGUGAACCUGAUGAAUGAACUCCUCUCUGUGUCAGGGACCACGACCUGUACAACAAAUGAAACAAAGUGUUUUAUCUCCAUUGAGCUCACACCGGGAAAGACACCUCAAGUUGAGAUGCAUUUUUUUGUGGAACUGUAUGAUGUAACUGCUGGAGCAGCAAUAAAUACCAGUGCCAGAUUUGCACAGGUUAAAUUUUUACGAAGUGAUGAACCUCAAAGCCUGGUCUAUUUUUCUGUGGGUUCUCGCCUGCCUGUGGCUCACAAGAAGGCUGCUUUAAUUAGUUUGCAGGUGACCAGAGAUUCUGGGACAGCACUAAUGAUAUCUGUUAACUUCAGUACCCAGGAGUUGAGGAGUCCUGAGACAAUUGGUCGUACUCUCAUAUCUCCAGCAAUUUCUGGGAAGGAUUUUGUGAAAACUGAAGGCAUACUGGUGUUUGAACCUGGCCAGAGAAACACUGUCAUGGAUGUCAUACUCACACCGGAGACAGGGUCUUCAAGUCCAUUCCCCAAACGCUUUCAAAUUGUACUUUCUGAUUCAAAAGGUGGUGCUAAAAUUGAUAACAUGUAUGGGACAGCUAAUGUCACCCUUGUUUCAGAUGCGGAUUCACAGGCUGUUUGGGGUCUGGCCGACCAGCUACAGCAACCCUUAGAUGCUAACAUUCUUAACAGAGUGCUUCACAGCAUCAGCAUGAAAGUGGCCACAGAGAGCACAGAUGAACAGCUCAGUGCUGUGAUGCAUCUAGUAGACAAGAUAACUGUUGAAGGAAGAAAUCAAGCAUUCAGUAUAGAAAGCCGCAGUCUUUUCUAUGACAUUCUUUGUACUCUUAUUAGCCCCAAACGAAAGGAUACUAGGGGAUUCAGUCACUUUACUGAAGUAACUGAAAAUUUUGCCUUUUCUCUACUGACUGAUGUUACCUGUGGCUCUCCUGGUGAAAAAAGCAAAACUCUCCUUGACAGUUGCCCAUAUUUAUCUAUACUGGCUCUUCACUGGUAUCCUCAGCAAAUCAAUGGGCAUAAAUUUGAAGGAAAAGAAGGUGAUUAUAUUCAAAUCCCAGAACGGUUAUUGGAUGUUCCAGAUGCAGAAAUUGUGGAUGGAAAGAAUAAAUGUGAAUCAGUCCAAUUUACAGAGUACAGCAGCCAGCAAUGGUUUAUAGCUGGAAAUAACCUUCCUGCCCUGAAAAAUAAGGUUUUCUCUUUGAGUGUGAGAGGUAAAAGUUCCCAACCCCUGACUGACAGUGAUGAGGUUCGCUACAGGAUUUAUACUGUUGAAACAAGAAUUGUUCCCCAGACAUCUCUGUGUCUUCUCUGGAAUCAGGCAGCUUCAAGCUGGUUGUCCAACAGUCAGUUUUGCAAGGUGGUUGAGGACACUUCAGACUAUGUGGAUUGUGCCUGCUCAUACAUGUCCCUGCACGCUGUCUACGCCCAAACUGAUAACUUGUCUUCAUACAAUGAAGCCUUUUUCUCUUCUGGAUUUAUAUGCAUCUCAGGUCUUUGCCUGGCUGUUCUUUCCCACAUCUUCUGUGCCACGUCUUCCAUGUUGGCAGCUAAACUUUUGACUCACAUGAUGGCAGCCAGUUUGGGCACACAGAUUGUAUUUCUGGCAUCUGCCUAUGCAAGUCCCCAGCUCACAGAGGAGAGCUGCUCAGCCUUGGCUGCGGCCAUGCAUUACCUGUAUCUUUGCCAGUUUGGCUGGAUGCUCGUUCAGUCAGUGAAUUUCUGGUAUGUGCUGGUGAUGAAUGAUGAACACACAGAAAGACGCUAUCUGCUGUUCUUCCUUCUAAGUUGGGGACUUCCAGCUUUUGUGGUCAUUCUACUCAUAGCUGUUUUGAAAGGAAUCUAUCAUCAGAGCAUGGCACAGAUAUAUGGACUCAUCCAUGGUGACCUGUGUUUCAUCCCAAACAUCUAUGCCGCCCUGUUCACCGCAGCUCUUGUUCCCCUGAUGUGCCUGGUGGUGGUGUUUGUGGUGUUUAUCCAUGCCUACCAGGUGAAACCACAGUGGAAAGCCUAUGAUGAUGUCUUCAGAGGAAGAACAAAUGCUGCAGAAAUUCCGCUGAUUUUAUACCUCUUUGCCCUGAUUUCUGUGACAUGGCUUUGGGGAGGCCUGCAUAUGGCUUACAGACACUUCUGGAUGUUGGUCCUCUUUGUCAUUUUCAAUAGUCUUCAGGGACUUUAUGUUUUUGUGGUUUACUUCAUUCUACACAACCAGACAUGUUGCCCUAUGAAGGCCAGCUACACAGUAGAAAUGAAUGGGCACCCAGGACCCAGUACAGCCUUCUUUACACCUGGGAGUGGAAUGCCUACUGCAGGAGGAGAAAUCAACAAAUCCACCCAGAACCUCAUCAGUGCUAUGGAGGAGGUACCACCUGUCUGGGAGAGAGCAUCCUUCCAGCAAGCCAGUCAGGCUAGUCCUGACCUCAAACCAAGUCCACAAAACGGCACCACGUUCUCUUCCUCUGGAGCAUAUGGCCAGGGAUCACUGAUAGCAGAUGAGGAAUCCCAGGAGUUUGAUGACUUAAUAUUUGCAUUAAAAACUGGUGCUGGUCUCAGUAUCAGUGAUAAUGAAUCUGGUCAAGGCAGCCAAGAGGGAGGGACACUGACUGACUCCCAGAUUGUGGAACUAAGAAGGAUACCCAUCGCAGAUACCCACCUCUAGUCAUUAGAAAGCGAAUACUCUCAAAAUUGUAUUGGCUUCGUGCUAAAACUCUAUUAACAUGUUCAGCCACGUAUUAGGAGUCUGAAUUGUAGUAGAUUAUUAACCCAGAAGUGAUUACUGUGUUUGGACUACAAAUUACUUGCUUUGUGCAACAUGAAAAUUCAGCCUUUGAUGAAAGACUGGAUCUGUUUGUACUGGUGAAUAGGAUGUACAAACUCCAAUAAUUCUAGUUGUUUUUUUUUUAAAUCAUCUUCCAUGGUUAGUAUUGUUUAAUAAUAGUAGUAACCAAUAAAAACAGUAGAAUCCA